UUUUCUUUUAUACGUAUUUUAUUUUCUAUGAGGUUGCGAGAUAUAAUAUUUUCUUUGUUAUAAACGGUAUGUAAUUAUUCUUAAAUAUCGGUUUAAAUAAUAUCACUUAAAAUAUUAUAUUUACAGAAGAAGACUCUGAAAUUUGGAAGAUUCUUUUGCCUUGCACUGGGCAGUAAGAUAUAUUGUAUUCUUUUUUUUUUUAUUAUAAACAACAGUCACCUUUGAGAUAUACAUACGAUGUAUUUGGAAAGCAAGGAUCUAAUAUUUGGGAAAUUUUCUUUCACAUAUACCCAUCCUAUUUUCUAUUCUGUACGAUUAAACGUAAUUUUUAAAUAAAUCUCAUUAUUUUCAUACACAUUGUUGUAUUUUAUAUUUAUACAUAUCGGUAAGUUAAUUCGAAAAGUGAGUUUUAUUCCAACGGUAUAAUGGAAGUAUAGUAAAAAUAUAGUAUAGUUCACCACUGUAGUGACGAAUGAUAAGUAAUCACGCGAAUAUCGAAAUAUUUCAUUAAAGGCAAAAAUCUUCGUUCGUUUGAUGAGAAAAAAGGGGCAGAAACGAUAAACAAAGUCAAAACAAGUUGAGGUUAAAUUGUUUAAAGGGAAGGAUUCUGAGAAUGACGCGAGAUGGCAAUACCGUACGAAUGUUUGUCCCGUUGAUGGCGAAGUACCAGUAUAACAACAAACUGACAUGAAUUCUGCGAGCAAGGUAGGUGAAAUUUUCACCGCAGCCGGAGCAGCAUUUAACAAGUUGGGAGAAUUAACGAUGCAAUUACACCCUACGACUGAUUCACCGGCAGGUAAAUGGACUGACGAGGAAAUUGAGAUGCUCCGUCACUCGGUAAAGACCUUCAGUGAAGACUUGAACAAAAUAAGUGAACACAUCAAGGGACGAACGGUCUCUCAAAUUCGGACAACGCUAAAGAAGAAAGCUUUUGAGGAAGCUGGCGUGCCGAUCAGACAACAAAUGCUUUCUCAACAGUCAACGCAACAAUCGGCAGUUCAACAGGUAUCGAAGCAACAAACAGGAAAUCAAGGAUUAAUGGGAAAAUCGUCUGAAGUCACGUUGAACAUGUUAAAUGCGCCGGAAUCAGAAGUGGAUGUUGAGGGUCUACCAGAGGAGUGUCAAGUAAAGCUCGAGUUCGAAGGUGCGACGGAAGAAGUAGCUUCUUAAUAAGCCGAGGUUGAUCUUUCCAUAUGCAACUUUUUUUAUCUCGAUUCCUAAAUAUAAGAUAAUUUUCAUAUAAUAUACGCGCUUAACGUUAAGUAACAAAUAUGUACCUUCAAUAAAUUAUGUUUCUCAAAUAGAUUUUUAAAAGUCA